CUCAUACGUUGGCGCAAUUUUAGAAUAUUUGCCUAAACAAAACCGACAAAACAUUUCUUUUUUUCCUAUACAUGCUCCACAAGAUGACAAGAGGUGCCUUAAUUGUAUUUGAAGGAUGCGAUAGAUGUGGUAAAACAACGCAAUGCAAGAAAUUAGUCGAUGCCUUGAACAGAGAUGGCGGCAAAGCAGAGUUCAUGAGAUUUCCAGAAAGAUCAACAGCCAUUGGUCAAACUAUAAGUGGAUACUUAGAGAAAAAAUCAGAGCUAGAGGACCAUGCUGUACAUCUUCUGUUUUCUGCCAAUAGAUGGGAGUUAGUUCCAAAAAUGCUUAGACUGUUGAACAGUGGGACUACGUUGAUAGUGGACAGAUAUGCUUAUUCUGGUGUUGCCUUCACAGGAGCUAAACCUGGGUUUGACCUUCAAUGGUGCAAACAGCCAGAUGUUGGGCUUCCUAAACCUGACCAGGUCCUCUAUUUGACCCUGAGCCCAGAGGAAGCAUCUAAGAGAGCUGCAUUUGGGACUGAGCGAUAUGAGAAUACAGAGUUCCAGGAGCGUGUGGCAAAAAAUUUUGAAAUUCUCAAGGAGCAUGAUUGGAAGAUUGUGAAUGCUGGCAAGUCCAUUGAAGAUCUUCAUGGAGAGAUAAAGUCCAUUGUAACACAAACAGUUGAGAGCUCGAAAGACAAACCUAUCUUGAAAUUAUGGAGCAACCCUUCAGAAUAUCCUAAUAAAAAGAGACCCCUUGAAGAAGUUACAAAUGAAGAGGGAGAAAAUGUUCCUGUGUGAAUUGGUUCAUCUUGGAUAAAUAUAUACAACAUAUUGUAAUGAUUCUUUAUUUUAUCAAACUGAUCUAUAUUCCAGGGUCUAUAUAGCUAUACUAACUGAAUUUACCUUUUAGUUUAUUAUCUCGCUUACAAAAUAGCAAUGUUGGCGUUUUGCUGGCUCAAAAUGCUAAAGUUAUUUAAUUAGCAAAGGAAGAGUAUGCUAAUAUGUGGUGAUAAAUUAUUUAUAAACAUUUUGAAUAUUUUAUUCAAAAUGUAAGACCAUUCAAUAAAGUGAAAUUCAACAUGAGUUGGACAGAAUCUUGCAUGCACAUGUUAGUUAAUCUAAUGUAGAUAU